AUCUAGGAUACCAUCUGCGUCUCGGGAGGAUGGGUAGGGUUCAGACUACGGGACAGUUGCGGGACAGUGUCGUGGAAGCAUAAAUCAGACUUUUAGACUUGACCGGCCUCGAGCCGUCUCGACUUUGGACCCUGCGUGCGCCUCGGUGCCCUAGGCCCAUCCAGUUCAGCACUUAGAGCAGGGUCCGGCAUCUGAAGCCGUCUAGGGACAGUCUGGGCCGCGGCAGCAGGUGUGUGUUUCAUAAGCAUGACGGGCCCAACGCUCCUUAUACAGGCUGUAGGGCUAGCGGGACUACGGCGAGCAGAUGCCACGACUUCCUCUCCCCAACUCUCAGGCUUACUGGCGUUCAACCAAAACUCGUCAACAUCCGUCCGAACAACCGUCAUUCGUGUCCGAUUGGCGCACCGCCCACCGUUGUACCUGAUUCAUGACCGGGCGGUCAUCGUCAUGAAGCACAUCCAUGAUGUCUGGCCGGAGACAGUGAUUUCGGGAAGUCGAGCAACGUUGACGGUGCCGACGUCAGGCUUCGAACUCUCAUCGUGGUGCACAACCCGACAUGUUGGUGGACAGGCAGGGCACGACCUGAGCGCAUCUGCAAUACGGAGCGGUUGGACAUCGACGCUGUCGCGACUCAAUACGUUGAUACGUGAACGCAGUGCACCUCCCGCUGACGAAUCGUGGAGCAAGAAGCCGCGCGAAGAGGUGGUUAGUGUGUGGGCUAUGACGGAGGGGGACCUGCUGGCAUCCCAGAAGGUGUGCGCUCGAAUUGGACGGAAGCGUUAUGUCGUUCUUGACAUACACUGUGCGUCGGUAAACCCGAGCGUGGGUACGCCCGGCCAUCUCCCAAAUGUCACGCGACCGCAGACGACCAAUCGUACGAACAGAAGGAUCCGCUGCGAUGGCCCCUGCUUCGACGAGACGUACAUCGUGCGAUAUGCGCCUCCUCGGAGCAAUGUUCAUCUGAUACUGGCAACGCAUCAGUCAAAAUUGACGAGAAAAAUACGUGUGCAAAGUGCGCCCGGUACAGAGGGCUUUUGCUUGACGGGCUGCGCGCAAGCCUUGAGGCCGAGACCACUGUGUUCCUCAGGAACAGCGCACCUUCGCCCGGAGCCUGGGUUGAUAGGACCUGAAGACAAAAACGCUGCCGCCGCAUGUCAGCGAACCUGCGCGCGCGGAUAAGGCGCGGCCGAACCUAACUGGACCCUUGGCACGGACUCUUCGGGAAUCGUCGAAUAGGAGGACCAUAUACCGUUCGCCCGCCUGGCGUCCGAGCGAGGGUGAACGCAUGGUGACGGCAGCCGCAGUUGUCCGCUGUCUGUCGGACAAGGUAGAGUUGGAUUUGGCUACGAAAUCACGCAGUUGUGGUCGGCGG